UCUCUUGUGAAGCUCCAUAAAUACUCUUCUCACCAUAUCCCUCAGUCCAUCUCUCUCGCUUUUCUCUUCUGCUCACACCAUUGUCUUGAUAACAGCUCGAGCAGGGCACUUGCAUUGCAGUGUUUAUGUGAUCAUGGGAAUUCAGAAGCCUGCAUGGUUGGAAGCCCUCUACACGCAGAAGUUCUUUGCAGCUUGCUCCGUUCAUGAAAUUGCAAAGAAGAAUGAAAAGAACGUUUACUGUUUGGAUUGUUGCACCAGUAUAUGCCCCCAUUGUCUACCUUCCCACCGUUGCCAUAGGCUCCUUCAAAUUCGUCGCUAUGUUUACCACGAUGUUGUAAGAUUGGAAGACCUUCAAAAGCUCGUCGACUGCAAUAAUGUUCAGUCAUAUACCAUAAAUAACGCCAAAGUGGUUUUCAUCAAGAAGAGACCUCAGAAUAGGCAAUUCAAGGGUUCAGGAAACUACUGCACUUCUUGUGACAGAAGUCUUCAAGAACCUUAUAUCCAUUGCUCUCUUGGAUGCAAGGUGGAUUAUGUGGUUACACUGAAGAGGGGGCUCUCUCCUUACCUGAAGAAAUGUGAUACACUCCAACUAGGUCCAGACUUCUUGAUUCCACUCCAGUGUGAGUCUGAUGAUCAGGACAUGACCAGUGAUCAGACUCUCCAUUCCACAAUUGUGGACUGUGACGAUCCAAUGAGCUAUUCGUCAUCAUCAGGCUCCGAAAACAUGAGCAUGAGCAUGGCAUACAUAAAUCGCGAUCAGAUUGUCCGAAAGAAGAGAAGCGGACUCAAUUACAGUUACGCGCACUGCUCAAGAUCAGCUCACAAAGUUUCAGACGAUGAUCAAGACAUGUCCUCUAACAUGACCAGUAGAAGAAAAAGCAUUCCUCAUAGAUCUCCACUGUGUUAGAGGCUAAGCUAGCUAACCAGUUAGCUGUUAGCAUAAACAGCAAAUUACUCAAACUUGGUAUUCAAAUUGCCACUACAAUUCUCCAUUUCAUUUUAACUGAAAUUCAAAUGCUUUACUUAAAUUGAUUGAUUACUCAUCUCCUUCUAUCUCGAAAAUGAAGU